UUCAACUCGGAGUGGAUUCGUCUUUUCGUGCCAGGGUCCGCCGAGCAGGGCAGUCAGGAACGGGUCGUUUGCGGCGUGACCUCGACUUGAUGGAUGGGCAACCCGCUUGCCCUCGCCAUGUCGACUCAACAACCGCCUGAUAAUGGCGCGGCAAAUCUCGAGAGUUCAUCAACCAGUGCGAUAACACUGAGCAACAACGAUGGAGUGCAAGGCAAAAAGCAGCCACCGCCCGAAAAGCCGUCCGACAUUCGACGGCGCAGCCACAUCAUUCUCUCGUUCUGGCUGAUCGUGCUCUGUCUCGGGCUGCCAAUAUGGUGGAAAACGACGACAAUUUACAGGGCUGACCUGCCCCUGCAAGAGAUGCUAGAUUGGUCGGACGGAAAGGCCUGCCGCCCCGUCUUCCCACUGCACAUAUCCAUCCAGGCCAACGCGCUCCAAGAGCACGAAGCUCAAAACCUCCUUCGGCUCACCCAGCAUGCGCUCGACGACCUCAAUGACUUUUCCGGACACCAUUUGCGUCUGCAGUUGGCUCCGCCAUCAGCCGCCGGACACUACGACCGCGACAGCGUCUUGACCAUCCGCCUGGCGCCUGGCGAGACAACGACAGCCAAGUUCGACCCGCAUGAGCCGGUCCUUGAUAUUACGUAUCCGUCAAACGGUAUCCCCUCGCCGACCUCUUCCUCUUCGCCUCUUGCCACGUAUGUAGCCGGCCAGCUGCGGUCAGCCUUUGCCGAGGAGCAGGCCGCUAUCUCGUCCCUGCUGUCCGCCAAUUCCAUUCCUUCCGACCACCGGCCGCAAGGAUUCUCGCCCGACGCCUCGGAUGCGCUUUCUAAACGCCCCGCUCGGUCGCUGAGGUACGCGCCGACAUACCACCUGACCUUUUCGUUGUUUACGAGCGGGCCGUUGCCGAGCAGCUGGGAUAUUGAGGGGGCCAUCGACCAGUACAUGAAGCCGGUACUGGACAUCCUCUCUCCCAUCCAUAACUUCACCAUAGACACGCAGGUGCAGCUGUACGCGACGCCGGGGGUUCAGAACGAGGUGCUGAACAAGGAGGACCUCUCAUCUUUCAUCAAUGCCGCCGAGUGGCCGCUGUCACCGUCAAUUGGGGGUGCACCGACCAUCAACUUUAUCGUAUUCGUCGGAAACCAAACGAUUGCCACGCUAUCGCAACAGAGCCCAGGCGAGGGCGACGACGCCCCCGCGUCAGCGUCUCACUCAUGGCUGAUCCCGCAGUGGGGCACAGUCUACCUGCUUCCGCUGCCCCACGACACGACACACCUCCCAGCGUCGGCGCUCAAACAGCCCCUCCUGGCCUUCACCUCGCACCUGCUCUCGCUCACCGGCAUCCCACAAUCCGGCUCUCUCCCGCUGCGCCUCUCCACGCUAGCGCGCAUCCGCUCCGCCGACCUCCUCCUCCGCGCCUCCUCGACCCUCGGCUCGCUGGCGCGGCUCGCCCUCGCCCUCCCGUCCAUCUCCAUUCCGCGCAGCGUCGCCGACGGUGUGGCCAAGACUAUCAAGCACUUGCGCCUGGCGUGCGAGUCGCUCGGCGAGCCGGAGGGCCUGGCGCACGCGCGCAUCGCCGAGGCCGAGGCGGAACGCGCGUUCUUUGAGAAGAGCAUGGUCGGGCAGCUGUAUUUCCCCGACGAGCACAAGAUCGCCGUGUACCUGCCGCUGCUGGGGCCCGUGGCCGUGCCGUUGGUUAUGGGGCUGAUUAAUGAGUUGAAGGCGUGGAGGAAGCGGAGGUGGGAGGCGGCGGAGGCGGGUAAGGGGAAGAAGAUGGAAUAAGUAGCUGAGAGGGUAAUGGAUGGGUAGUAGGCGUUGGGUUGUGCACCUUCGCGAGUCUGGCUUGUUACUAAUAGGAAAAUAACGUUAUACAACUCAGUAAUUGAAUACUCC